AUGGGCAAUCCGCUGUACCCAACCAACGCCCCGCGCUCCACCCAUCCUUCUGCUGCAUCUUCUUUGUCCGUCCCUGGCCUGCGUGGAGGCUCCUUCACCGCUUCGAGCUCCAAGUACUCCAAGCCCGCCGUCGAGUACGACCCCUCCUCCCAUCCUGGCAUUCUCAACCUCGGAAAUACCUGCUUCCUCAACUCGGUUCUUCAAGCCAUCGCCAAUACACGCGACUUUCGUCUGCUCCUUCACGGCCCUCCCACCUCGGUUGCAUUCUCCGAUGAGCCGCCACCAACUCCCACAGCUUCUGCGCUAGUACACACCCGGCACACCCAAUGGCCGAAUCGGUAUCAGAGCCCCGCGCUUCGUGUCAGCGAUGCCGAGCACGGCCGUCGAAUUCACCACCCACCCAAUCCUAGCGGCAAUCUCGAUUCUUCUCUAGCAUCUCUCCAUACCCUCCCGGCUCAUGACCCCAUCGCCACCAUCAAACCGCGAAAUGCGCCCUUACCUACCGUCUCGGCUGCCUCAGCACAGCACAAGUCGUCGGCGCCUACCAACAACAAUCCUACAUACGAACCUGAUCUGCUCGAUUUGCCGCUCAACACAGCUUUCCGCCACGUUCUCGAAAAGUUUUGGACAGACACUCACAAAUCUCGCGCCUCAAUUAAUGUCAAUCCCAAACGCCUAUUAAACCAGAUCGGAAAAAAGUACGACCAGUACCUCGAAUAUGGUCAGCAGGACGGCCACGAGCUCAUGCGUCACCUUCUUGACGCUUGUCGCAUGGAGGAGCUCGACCUUAUCAAGAAGAUGCGUCCACCACCACCCAACAAAAACCUGAAGCUCGACCCUGCAUCCACUCCAGUAUCUACAGCCUCAGCAACAUCACCAUAUGCAGAUGCAGACGCAACAGCUAUCCCACUCGAUCGACUCACUGCAGCGGAUGUGGAAAACGGUCAGAUUGUCUCGCACUCACCCGAACUCGCUCCUGCAGACGCCCUUCCACCUGCGCCAGCGCUGCCCCAAGACCAAUUAGUUCCCUUCCUCGACCUUCUCUUUUGCGGCAAACUCGCCAGCAUGGUCGUCUGCGAAGGCUGCAAAAAGGUCUCGCACACCUACGAAGACUUCUACGACAUCAGCCUCAGUCUGCGCGAUGAUGCUAACAACCCAAAAUCACGCAAACGAGAUCGUCUUCGCAGCAUGGCCGACCGCUGGAGGCGCGCCACUCAGGGACGCACCAUCAUGGAUCGCAAGUCUGCCGCUGCUGCCACCGCGGCUGCUGCUGGCUCCAACUCGAUCACCCCAGUCGGCACACCACGCUACAGUGAGACCGAGGUGAGCGAUGCUGACUCGAGUGCAGUCAAAUCCAAAAAGUCGGCAAGCUUGCUCUCACCAGACGGUGCACGCUUCCAGCUCCGCGCGCGCAGCAUGCGCAAGAGCGGCGGGCGUCAUGAAAAACUGGGUGCCACCUCGGGAAGCGAGAUGGAACCCGACUUUCCCGACAUGGCCUCGCUGUCACUGGCACCAACCUCUGCCUCGCGGUCCUACAUUGACUCGGCGCCCGCAUCGGCCGGCGAAGACAAUGGAGACACGCGCACUGGAACCAGAGUGGCCAGGAUGCUUGGCAGCGUCGCCACCGCCACCUCAGCAGCGGACAUCAGCAGCCGCGAGACGAGCCCACAGCCGCCCUUGGGCCACCGUUCAGCUGCCGGCACACGUCCACCCCUCCGUCCCACCAAGUCAACAUCGCGCCAAUCCGCAUACAUCGCACGUAUCAUGGCAGACGACGCGGCCAGCAGCCACACCGAUCCAGCUGCAUCUCGUAGGGCAGCCGCACCUUCGCCGCUCCUCGACGCCGUUGUCGCGGCAGCAGCAGCCCAAGGCAAGCCCUUGCACGGCUUCUUUCGUUCGGUUGGCGCAGAGGCGCGCCAUCGCGACCCGGCUGCCGAGUUUGAACCCAACUCGGCAUCGCAAGGGGCCAAGCGACGCCUCAAGAUGCGCGAGCAACAGUCGACAACGGGAUUGAUCGCCUCGCUUCGCCACUUUACCAGCGUCGAAGUGCUCGACGGUGAUAACAGCUUUGCGUGCAAGAAUUGUUGGCGGCUGGCCAAUCCUCCCGACGCACAUGAACGCGAGCAGAUUCGCAGAAGACGUAGACGCAAAGGUGUUACUGCUGCAGAGGUGGACGACGAAGAAGGAAGCGAGCCGAGCAGUGAUGGCGAGUCAGAUGGUGAAGGCGCCGAGGACAAGCCAGCUACGACUCAAGCGUCUGCUGCAGUCGGAGACGAGACGUUGCCAAGUCGAUCUACGAGCAAUGGCAUCUCGACCUCAGCCAGUCAAAGCACCCUUGCGAGCAGCAGCGUAGACUCGAUUUUGACCGGAUCCAGCGCGUCACAUCCAUCGCUUCAGCGAAGCGAUGUGCCUACCAUAUCGAUGACUUCAGCCGAUGCAUCCAUCGACGACGUCAAAGCCGGGACACAGAACUCGCAUAUCGAUAGUGUCGGCCAAGGACUUGCUUCUGCCUUGACAGCGCCAGCUUCCAACGGCAGCAAUGGCCAGGUGAUGCAACAGAAGAGAGGAUCCGAAUCGAGUCUCAGCAGCAUUGAAGCAGCAGUGCGAGAUGGCGAUCGUCUUGCGCCUAACAACGGUUACGAGACGGGCACAGAGACCGACAUGUCGGGCUUUUCGACCGGCAUGGACGAGUCAAACGCCUCGACUGGCGAAGGCACCGACACCGAAGCCGAAAACAGUAGUUCUAAGAGGUCUCGGACUGCGGAGCCGAGUGGACCCAAACGAUCAGCCCAGAGCCUUCCCCGACGUGCUCUCAAACGCUAUCUCAUUGCAUCGGCACCGCCAGUGCUCAUUUUCCAUCUCAAGCGAUUCCAGGCCACAGGACGCGGAUUCGUCUCGGGGCUUGCAGGGUUCAAGAAGAUCGACGACCAGGUGACCUUCCCUGAGUACCUUGACAUUACGCCUUGGCUAGCGCCGCCGAGAGAGGAGUAUGACAGGCGUGGGCGUUUGAAGGCUUCAAGCGAUCCGUUGGCGAUUCGAAGGCGCGCAGAGGAGGAGGCGAUUCAUGCCGGAGUCGACGCACGCCAUGUCAAGGUCGAAGUGUCGAACCGGCAUGGUCGAAUACAUCGCAAGGGGCAACACGGCGACAAGAAGGGAAAGAAGCAUGGCAUGUGGUCAUGGCAUCUCGGCGAUCAUCGUUCAGCCCUUGCAGGUCGAGGAGUAGGAGGAGAUCUGCACGAAGGACCCCAAGUGCACUCUUGCAACGGACACGAGAUUGUGCCGUCAGUCAUCCGCAGGCCCAAGACGGAGUACAGGCUAUACGCGGUGAUCGUGCAUCAGGGCUCGCUGUCUGCUGGACAUUAUACGGCGUACGUCUUGUCGGAUCGGAUCAAGCUGAAGGAGGCGCCUAAGGAGAUGGUGGCACGCUCUGCGCCUACCAGUCGAUCCAACACGCCAGCUCCUCUGAGCGCCAAUUCAACAACAGCAGCGGGUGGCGGUGUCGGGUUCGGGUUCUUCAAGCCGUCUCGAUCCAACGCAGCUUCGCCUGCACCCCUGUCGGUACCUAUCCGACCUGCUUCGGCAGCACCCGUCUCGACCUCAGUCGCAAUGACGAGCGUGCCGUCGUCGAGCAGCGUGUCUGGCUCGUCUUCGCAUGACAUUGCGCCGCAGUCGUCCAUCUCUUCGCUCGAAGCGGAUGCCAAAACGGCGAGCGAAAGUGAAUGCUCGGCUUCGCAGCUACCGAAACUCGUUCGUCCUCGACCGCAACUGAAACCCAUGGCUAGCUGGGACAGUCUGGACGAACUGGAGCAGUCGCAUGUGUACACGAUGGACAGCGUCGGUUCUGGUGCCGGAAGCGCGGCUGGAAGUGCGACGCCUACUACAGCAACAAUGACGCCCAUUACGCCACUCGAGCCAACGCCGGCUGUCGCGACGAUUGCGAGUCACAACAGUCAUGCGCAUCGACACGUGGAAGGACGAGACGGUAAAGAUGGCGAAAAUGACUACCAAGCCGAUCAAGAUGACGACCUGGAUCCAAGGAACAAGGACGAUGGUAGGCGAUGGGUCUAUACCUCGGAUACAGUGGUUCGAGCGGCUACGAUCGACGAAGUGCUCAAGGCCAAGGCUUAUAUGUUGUUCUACGAGCGUCUUUGA